AUGGACAAACUGCAGUGGACAGAGCUUUACACUAAUUUUGCCGACUACAUCGACUUCAAUUGCCAGCUCAAGCUUGCAAUUGGCUGCAUUGCCUUCAAUCCCAUUUUCUGGAACAUAGUGGCCCGUCUUGAGCACAAGACCCACUUCCUCACCAAGGCCGCUGGAGGUGCCAGAAACGGCUGUUACUUGUUGGCAUUCACGAUUUUUUCCUUGGGUAUCUUCCGUGAUCAUGUCUACAACCAGGCCCUCCAGGCUCAGCCCACUUUUCAACCAUUGGUUGAGUCUGCCUUGGUCAAGGCUCUUGCUGUAGGUACCUUCGCCUUUGGCAAUGUUCUCGUUUUGCUGUCAAUGUGGGCAUUGGGCGUCACUGGAACCUACUUGGGUGACUACUUUGGUAUUUUGAUGGACGAAAGAGUCACGUCGUUCCCAUUCAACAUUAACGACAACCCCAUGUACAAUGGUUCCACUUUGUGCUUCUUGGGUACCGCUUUGUGGUUCGGAAAGCCUACCGGCUUGGUCGUGACAGCUUUUGUCUACGUCAUGUACAAGAUUGCUUUGCUUUUCGAGGAGCCAUACACCGCUGCCAUAUACGCAAAGAGAGCAGAGAAGAAAGACUAA